ACGAUACGAAAAGGAAACAAGUGUAAACUCAAAUAUACAAAACAACAUACUAUCAAUCUAUCAUAUAUAGUACUAGUAAGUAUUGCCACCAACACGAGACGCUUGGCACCUCCAUCAACCAACGUGUUCCAGGUUUCGGUGCCAAUUAUAUAUAUCCAUAAUCCCUUCCUUCACAUAACUCUCCUCUCAAUGGAUUGCUGGCACAAAAUCACUAAGACUUGGACUUCACUCUCUACUCGUUUCAAACAUCAUCGCAAAUCUAGUGGUCGAGUUGGUGGUGCCGCUCAAUACUCUGCCGAUUGUGACGGAAUCAGUGCCGGUUUGCUCAAGCUUCGAGAUGAUGUGCAAAUGUGCGGCUACAGAGAUGUUCAGGUCAUGUGGAACAUGUUGAACGUAAGUUUGCAACAUGACCAAAUGCCAAUGGAAGCAGCCAGAAGAAGCUCCAACAACGCUAAAUUUCGCAAGCGUGGCUGCAGCAAGCAGAGAUCAAUUUCGAGGGUCUUGUUUUGGACUAACCGUGACAACCUCGUGAAUGUACAGUAAAUUAAAAAUGAUUAUCAUCAAGUUUUGCACAGUGGAAAUAAUUAAUGUCAAUGUUUUGUACAUAGUCAAGGACAAUGAAACUUUAUUUCGUUAAUUAUAUAUGUAAAUGAAGAUCGUGUUGCGUUUCUUAA